CUAGCUGUCACUUCAGUAGAAUUUCUUUUCUAAACAGGUUGUUCCGGCGGUGCUGGUACCUUUUUGUGGCAUUAAUAUUCAAAGGAAAAUAUGUGUGGUAUAUUUGCAUAUCUGAAUUAUUUGGAGCCUCGAUCCAGGAGAGAAAUUUUAGAGUUUCUGAUCAAAGGUUUGCAACGACUUGAAUACAGAGGAUAUGAUUCUGCAGGUGUUGCUUUUGACAAUGAUUCUAAAGGAGCUGCAAUUCAAAUAAUCCGUCAAAGUGGCAAAGUAAAAAUGUUGGAAUCAGAAAUCUUUGAUUCCAAGGAAAUUGAUUUUGAUCAACAGUUUGACGUGCAUGUGGGUAUUGCUCACACUCGUUGGGCUACUCAUGGAGCUCCAAGUGCUAAUAACAGUCACCCUCAAAGAUCUGAUACAACUAAUGAAUUUGUUGUUGUUCAUAAUGGAAUUGUAACUAACUAUGAAGAUGUUAAAAAGUUUUUGGUAAACCAUGGUUUCAAGUUUGAAUCUGACACUGAUACUGAAGUCAUUCCUAAAUUAAUCCAACAUAUUCAUAAUAUGAACCCUGAUCUUUCAUUUAGAGAACUCGUGGAGCAAGUGAUACAACAGCUGGAAGGUGCAUUUGCUUUGGUGUUCAAGAGCUCAAAGUACCCCAAUGAAUGUGUAGCAACUCGGAGAGGAAGUCCUCUUCUCGUAGGCUUCAAAAGUCAAACCACAUUGACUACUGAUUAUAUUCCUGUAUUGUAUAGUAAAGAUUUGGAAAAUCAGAACAAGCAAGAUGACAAUAAGGGAUCAGACCUGCGAGCUCAUCAGUCACGUCCAUUACCUAUCAGUACUGUACAAGCUCAAGGAAUCCACAGAUCUGAUUCAACAACAGAAUUUCAUCCGGUUGGUGACACAAAAGAAGUGGAAUAUUUUUUUGCAUCUGAUGCAAGUGCUAUUGUAGAACAUACAAAUCGUGUUAUCUACCUAGAAGAUGAUGAUGUAGCAGCUGUGAAAGAUGGCUAUCUGACCAUUCAUCGUCUGAAACGCUCUCUUGAUGAGUCAACUGCAAGAGAAAUUAUUACACUUAAAAUGGCAAUUCAAGAAAUUAUGAAGGGAAGUUUUUCUACUUUUAUGCAGAAAGAAAUAUUUGAACAGCCGCAGUCUGUAAUUAAUACUAUGAGAGGAAGAGUCAAUUUAGAUGCUGAAAUUGUUGUCCUUGGUGGUAUUAAAGAUUUUAUACCUGAAAUAAAACGCUGUCGUCGAAUAAUAAUGAUUGGAUGUGGAACAAGUUAUCAUAGUGCAGUUGCUACUCGACAAGCUGUUGAAGAGCUUACAGAAUUGCCUGUGAUGGUUGAGCUAGCAAGCGAUUUUCUAGAUCGAAAUACUCCAAUCUUUCGAGAUGAUGUUUGCUUCUUUAUUUCUCAGUCAGGUGAAACUGCAGAUACUUUAAUAGCUUUAAGGUACUGCAAACAGCGUGGCGCAUUGAUUGUAGGAGUGACCAAUACUGUUGGCUCAAGUAUUUGCAGGGAAAGUCAUUGUGGCAUACACAUUAACUGUGGGCCCGAAAUAGGGGUUGCUUCCAGUAAGGCUUAUACGAGUCAAUUUUUGUCCCUUGUGAUGUUUGCACUAGUUAUGUCAGAAGAUAGAAUAUCCAUGCAGUCAAGAAGAAGUGAAAUAAUCAGAGGACUACGUAGUCUUCCAAAACAAAUUGAGGAAGUGUUAAAACUCGAUGAUGAAGUUCUCAAGUUAUCGAAAGAGUUAUAUCAACAAAAAUCAGUGUUGAUUAUGGGUCGUGGUUACAAUCAUGCUACAUGCCUGGAAGGUGCCUUGAAAAUCAAAGAGCUUACAUACAUGCAUUCAGAAGGAAUUCUUGCUGGCGAAUUGAAGCAUGGACCUUUAGCUUUAAUUGAUGAUGCUAUGCCAGUGAUAAUGAUUAUUACAAAAGAUCCAGUUUAUACAAAGUGCAUGAAUGCACUUCAGCAGGUCAUAGCACGAGGAGGAAAACCCAUCAUAAUUGGUGAUAAAGGAGACAGCGAGACACAGAAACAUGCUUUCAGCUUCUUGGAGGUUCCACACACAGUUGAUUGCUUGCAAGGAAUAUUAACUGUGAUUCCGCUUCAACUUCUUUCUUACCAUAUUGCAGUGUUAAGAGGAUGUAAUGUUGAUUGCCCAAGAAAUUUGGCCAAAUCUGUUACUGUUGAAUGAAGCUCCAUUGCUAUUUUACUUACAAAAAAUGCAUUCCACACUUUUAUUAUUAACUUAAAAUAUUAGAACCCUAAAUAUUUCUUAUGAAUAUGGUUUUAUCAAAAUGAAUUUAAGCUGAUCUGUUUUUUCCUAUUUCUGUUUAACUAAAUAUUAAAUUUUUCACAAAGUUAAAAUGUUUAUUAUAAUGUUACAGUUUGGAAAAAUAUUUUUAAAUUGUUAUGUUAUUGUUAUAUUUAAGUUUAAAUUCUUCAAUUUUGUAAAGCCUGUUCAAAAAAUGUAUUAAAAAUAUUUUUAAAAAUGUGAGCUGUAUUUUUGAAAGCUUGUCGAAU